GGGCACGUGAUUUCCUGGAAGAGGGCAAGGCGUUAGCUAGGUCGCUUUAAGUUUCGCUUUCCACUUUGCAAACGCUACCAGUUGCUGCGACGGGCGGGUCGGACGGCAGGGCUCGGUUUUGUCUCUGCUCGUCGCGCGCGCCCCAGCCAUGGCUCAGCUGCUGCGGGCGCCUUCGGCCCCUUCCCUGGUGGGCUUGGAAGAGGAGCUGACGUGCUCCAUCUGCCUGUGCGUCUUCGAGAGCCCCGUGACGACCCCGUGCGGCCACAACUUCUGCCUGCCAUGCCUGGAGAUGACGUGGUCGGGCUUGCUGAGGAACUUCUGCUGCCCGCAGUGCAGGAGCUCCUUCGACAGUCGCCCCGAGCUGAAGAAAAACACGGUCCUGUGCAGGGUGGUGGAGCAGUUCCAGAGCACCCAAGGAGAGCCAGCCGGGAAGAAGAAGGGCCUUGGAGAUGCCACCACCACUACCACCAGCAGCAGCAGCAGCAGCCGCCCUUCCGUGGCCUGUGACAGUUGCCUGGAAAAGGUGGCCGACAAGACCUGCCUCACCUGCAUGGCCUCCUUCUGCCCGGAGCACCUGCGGCCACACCAGGAGAGCCCUGCCUUCAAGGGCCACCAGCUGGUCCCACCAGUGAAGGACCUCCAGAGCCGGAAGUGCCAGACCCACCAGAAGCUACUGGACUUCUACUGCAAGGAGCACAACAGCUGCAUCUGCUGCUUCUGCUUGGUCACGCACAAGGCGUGCGCCACCGUCCCCUUGCAAGAGGCCAAGGAGGAGAAGGAGUCCCAACUGAAGCAGAGACUAACGGAACUCUAUGCUCUGAGCGAGAAGGCUUUGCAGUCCUUGGACCAAGUGCGAGUGCAGCAGAAGCAAACCAGUGAUACAGCUAAUCGGAAGUUGGACUUGCUGAAGGCAGAAUUCCUGGAAAUUAUUGCUUUAAUUGAAGAGGAAGAAAAAGAAGCUGUGAAGACAGUCCUAGCGGAGGAGAAAAGAGUCCGUGAUAAAUACGAAUAUGUCUAUAAAGUCUUGGGUAAGAAGAAAACGGAAAUCCAGGGAGCGAGAGACCAGAUUGAAGUGACCUUAACAGAGGAUGACGACAUUACAUUCUUAAAGAAGGCAGCAAAACUCCGGCAGUUACCCAUCAAAGAUGUCUUCAUACCUAAACUAGAAUUGGAUCAAAACUUAAUACACACCGUUUAUCAAAAAGCCUUUGGCCUCAAAGAAAACGUGAAGCAGUUCUUGUCUCAACCCCAGGAGAUGAAAAAAGAAGGAGCCGCACAAUGGAAACCAAAGCCUUUUGUGCAGCCAGGGGCGAAAAUUGCUGCAGCCAGAGCAGCAAAGAGAGACGAGCCCCCAUCAGCAUCUUCACAGGAGAAGAAGGCAGAAGAGGAUGCAGCUGCUGCGGACACUAAGCAGAGAAGGCGACCUGCUAAACGCUCACAAAGUCCCAACCAGAGAGCACGAAGUUCUAGCAGGCCUCAAGCAGCGAAUCCAUCGAUAACUCUGGAAAGCUUCUUAUCUAAAUCCCGAGAGGAGCUUUUGGAAUUUGCGACAAAAUUCACUCUGGAUUUCAACACCGCCCACAAAAAAGUGCUGCUCUCUGAGAGGAACACCAAGAUAUCCGUGUCGGAAACCCCCCAGAAUUACGCCCAGCACCCUCAGCGCUUCACCUACUGCUCCCAGGUGGUGGCCUUCCAGUGUUUCAAGCGAGGCAUCCAUUACUGGGAAGUGGAGCUGGAGCACAACACUUUCUGCGGGGUCGGCGUCUGCUACGGGAGCAUGGCAAGGCAGGGGGCGGAGAGCCGCCUGGGGCGUAACAGCAGCUCGUGGUGCAUCGAGUGGUUCAACUCCAGGAUCUCAGCCUGGCACAAUGACGUCGAGAAGUGCCUGCCCAACACCAAGCUGAAGAAGAUUGGCGUUUUGCUGAAUUACGACGGUGGCUUCGUCAUUUUCUUCGGCGUUUGCGAGAAACUCAUCCUCCUCUACAAGUUCCGGGCACAGUUCACGGAAGCUCUCUAUCCCGCGUUCUGGGUGUUCUCCAGCGGGGCCACUAUCUCGCUCUGCCAGCUGAAGUGAAGAACGGAACUGCCACCAUUUGCUUUGCUCGUAUAGGGCCUGUCUGUAUGUUAACUCCUCUCUCUCUCUCUCUCUCUCUCUCUCUCUUUCCUUUUCUCUCUCUCACAAUCCUUGGCUUCAAAGCAAAAGUUCACCCUUUUGAAACUUGGACCUUGCUUUCUGGGAAUCUGAGGGCUGCUAAAUGAAAGCCACAGUCCACUAAGAACAUUGUCUUGCAGAAGCCUCUCUGAGAGUGUCCUUAGGAAACUUUCAGAGGUGUUUUCCUGUUGAGCUUUCAAUGGACUGUAUUCGUCAGGCACACGGAACUCCUGGAACAUGUUGUACAAUGCAAGUCUGGGGCAUGUCUGAGCAGAUGCUGGCUUUGCUUCUGCCGCCAUCCCUAACGCGCUGCCAGGAGUUCCGAGCAAAGGAUAUCUAAGGUGCCCGCUGUGUAUCCUCACUGCUGUGUCCCGGAAGAAUUCAGUUCUUGCCGUAUGGGCACUGGCAACAGAUCCCUGGAGGUGCACACUUGCGCAUGCCCAAUGGCGCUGUCUCAGGCAGAUCAGGCUUCAAACAGAUUUCUCUUUGAAAUAGCCUGUGGUGAUGCUUAGGCAGUAACUUGCAUUGGGAGUCGCAUUUUGAUCAAUGAGAACAGGGCAGGACUGUGGAGACGGUUGGGCAUUCUUGUAUCCCAGUGUUUUCCAACCUUGUGCCUCCAGAUGUUUUUGGACUACAACUCCCAUCAUCCCUAGCUAGCAAGACCAGUGGUCAGGAAUGAUGGGAAUUGUAGUCGGAAAACAUCUGGAGGCACAAGGUUGGGAAACACUGUUGUAUCCGAUAUUGCUCGUUUGUUAUUCAAGAAGAGCAGGGCCAAUAAGUUUGGUAUUGCUGCAUGGAGGAGGGACGCAAAACAGUCUCGGCAAACCUGUGAUGUUACAAAAGGACCCCCCCUUUUUUUCAAUUGCUUGGAGCAUCCAUGAAGAUGCAGCUAAGCCCCUCUUAGCUCAAUUCGUUUCUUUGCAGUCAUGGGAACUUAAGGAGCAAGAUGCUGUUGGAGGCUUUGAACCAUAUUCAGCAUGCCAGGACAGGAAGGUUGGGCAGGAAGUGCUCGUGUUAUGGUUGCACUUCCUGGUCAAAGACCCUUGCUGAAGGGGAAUGGCUUCCUUUAGAACAAGCAGCAGUCCAUGCUUAACACCCUCUAUGACAUUGACCGCCUGGAAUAAAGCACUUCAUUUCUCAUCCUGGUCCUUGAAAAUCUUAGCUGCGGCAUUUUUUCCUGAUUUUUGAGGCUGUGGGUGAAGUGUAAGAUCUUUCAGGCUAGUCUGGUAGAUGGAAUCUUCUGCCCUUCACUGUUGGAGGAGAUUUUGAUCCCUCUGGUUGGACACAUGCCGUUCUCCAGGGGCAGACUUUGAUAGUGUUUUGACUUAAAAGAUCACUAGUGUGAAGAACUAGCAUGUCCUAACACAGGUCCCUGAGUGGUCCCUCCUAGUGGGCAUUUCAGACUUAAUGUGUGAUGAUCUGCCAGUCAGCAAACUAGGAAAGACCUGAGGAAGCUGGAAAGCUAAGAUCAACAUCCUUAGCAUUCCUGUGCCUUAGGUUUUCUUCAUUGAUACCUGCUGCCGUGCCUUUGCAACAGUUACACGUCAUAAGCAAUUGAAGAGAACUUUGCGAACACACUUGAUUAAAGAGGAACAAGCUGGAGGCACUGCUGAGGUCUUAAGAAAACGUGUGUUUUGUCCUGUGUGCUAGUAGGCAACACGUUUUGCCUUUCUAGGGCCAGAACACGCACACUUUGCACAGAUGCUUUUGACCAAAUCUCUUGCCUUGAAGCUCUCCAGUUUAGAAGCCUCACAUGCCAGGGGUCUUCUGGCAGAGGUGAAAUGAAAACUCGGAAGCUUCGAUGCUUGGCAUGAGUUGAGACCUCUGGAGACAGCCUGAGAUAACAGCAAAGUGCUACAGCAAGUUGGCCCACAUGUUUAAGAAUCAAGCCAUGGCUUUCUUCCCGUAGUCAAAGGAUCGAGUGACAAGACACUGUUGGGAAAGAAUCCCUUUCCAAAUAUUUCAAGGGAUUCAUCUUUGCAUCCUUACUGCUAGCUGGGCUUUUGCACCAAACGACUCUUCUUCAGAAUAGUGCAGGAAUCGGGCACAAGUUGCUGAGACCUUCUGUGGAGCUUAUGAAAAUGUAGUAGAUCGUUGGCCCUCUUCCAAAAAAACCCACGGAAGUUCAAGAAAGCCAGGAAAGAGGGAUGAAUGAGCUGAAAACAAAGUAGGGUGUGAGGCAGACAUGGGGAACACACUGGCGUUAAGCUGUAGUGUGACUUUGAAACUAACUACAGAACAAACCGCUGUUGAGGGAAUGUUGGUCCCUAAAAAACCACAGGGGUGGAAGAAUUGCUGGAAUAGAGAUCUGAUGAUUCUUUUCCAGUCUAGCAAAACCUUGGUGUUCAGGAGCUCUGCGACCACAUUUCCCCCUAAUGACCCAUGCAUGUGUAUUGUAGGAUCUGAGGACAUCAUCUGCCUCCAUAGAGAGAAUUUUGGAUGUAUGUCCUUUUUCUCAUAAGGCCUACUAGCUUUUUUUUUUUUUUGUAGAAGUGCCCUUGGGGACUACUUUCUCGAAUGAGUUUUUACUUUAGGUAUUCUUCCUAAAGAAUGCUGACGGGUUCUUGACACACUUUUCCAUGUGUUUAAAGAACCCACAAGAUAUAAGGCACAGUAGAACCAGUUCCCCUUAUCCAAACUUUGUGUGAUUUGGGAUGUUUCCUACAGUGACUUGGUCAAUGCCCAGCUGCCCUUCUGCUCUCAUUACGAUCUAUCUUCCUUGACCUUUGCUGAAGUCUUCUGAUUAUAGUGCAAUAGGUUUUGAGAUGAUGAUCUUUGGGAAUCUCGCUGCUUUUAGUCUUUUGCCUGGCACAAAUAUUGAGCAUUGGCUAAAAGUUGAUCACUAUUUUUGAUUGUUGAGAUAAAAAAUGAAAGGUAAUCUGUUUCUUCUUAGGUUAAGGCUUGUUUCCUAGCCUGGAAUACCAUGGGGGUGUUAUCUCAUGGCAAGACAGGCAGUAGUAUACUACUAAUGGAUCCAGUCAGGCCAAAUGUAAACGUAUUACGUCCUAUUGGUUUUGAGUGGAAGGAUGCCAAGCCUCAUUUUUGCAACUCUGCCUUGAUAAUCAAUGAUACAAUGUGAUUUUCCGCUGUUGUUUUCCCAGUCCAGAGGAAACCCUUCACCGAAAAGCAAUGUUUCCCUAGCAGUGUGGCUGUGUUUACAUGGAUACAUGGUUGGCUCAAUUAUAAUAAUCUAGUAUGUAAGCUACCAUUUUCCACCCAGCUUUUCUGUGUAGUAAAUGAAACAAAAGCUAUCUUGUCUGCAACACUGCUGGGAAAUAACUUCAGCGUGCUUGGAAGCUUGUAUAGAAGCACAGAACAUAAAAAUCGAAAGUCUAGCUAAUGUUUCUUCUAGUUCAGAUUGCGAACCAUGUCGGUCUGUGGGUUGUUUUUAAGAAGCAGAGGUUAAAAAUAAGAGAGUGAAUGUUUUUGGCAUUCCCCUCUUUUUUUGCCACUGGGCUGCCUUGGUGAUUGGCCUAUUGCAAUCUCAGGCAAGGCUAUGUCAAAUGUAAUGUUGCAAUGUAUCCAAGGCUGCACAGCCAUUGUCUUGCAGUGUGGCUUGAUGUUUAUUAAGCAAAAAUUCAAUAAAGUUUGAUUUUAUGAUCAUUA